GCUCACCGGGUCACUCUCUCCACACCACGCAUAUUGUCAUUCGUCCGUCAUUCUACCUUCUGUUGUAUCUCGUCUCGUUUCCGAGAAAUUUUAAAAUAUUUAAAGUUUCCGAGUACGUUUAAAAAUGAGCAAGUUUUACGCCCAGGGGUCCGGAAGUGAGAGUUCGGGCUCGUCCUCCGAAGAUGAUGAUAAUGAGGCACCAGUCCCCUCAAAACCAAUCCCCGCAGGCAAGCAAACCGUAUACAUAAGCGAUGACGAUGAAGAAGACUCUGGCAAGAGAGUCGUACGCUCCGCGAAGGAAAAGCGUUAUGAAGAAAUGCUUGGCCAUGUCAAGAAAAUAAAAAAUUUCAAGAAGAACAAUGACAUGUCAAACAUUUUGGACUGUUUUGAAGACUUAAUAAAAGCGCAUCAAAAAGCGUUACCCGUCAUCGUGAAAGAGGAAAAUGGAUCAACUCCAUUAUUCUAUCUCAAAACUUUGGGACAGAUGGAGAAUUAUGUCAACCAACAGUGGGAGAACAAAAAGAACAUGUCUAAAAUCAACUCCAAGUGUUUAGCUACUCUUAGACAAAAGCUAAGAAAGUAUAACAAAGAUUUUGAAGAAGAGCUAUUAAAAUAUCGGGACAACCCUGAGCUCUUGGAUGAUGACGAUGAUGAUUUGGAGGAGAAGCAAGAAGCCCGAGAUGAGAGCGGCAGUGAAAGCGAAGGUGAAAAGAAGGAGAAAAAACUGAAAAAACCAUCCACAAAGAAACCCAAGGAUGAUAAUGAGUCUGAUGAUUCUAUUGAUUGGGGAUCGGAUAGUGAUGAGUCAUCCAGUUCUUCAGAUGAAGAUUACGCCGAUAUUCGAUCAAAAUUUUUAAAAAAGACGACGGACAAAGAUGAUGCGAAAGAAAAGAAGAAAGCCGAUCGAGAUAAGCGAAUGCAACGCAAGAAACUUGCAAAAGAUGACGAUCUUGACGACGGGGAAGGAUGGUCUGUUGUCACUGGUGGUGCACAAGUCGAGCGACCUAAAAUGUUCCCCAAGGACUCUGAAAUUAACACUCCUGCUGUUAUAAAAAAAUUAGCAGAAAUUACAGCAAUUCGAGGGAAGAAGGGAACAGAUCGUAGAGAGCAAAUUGACUUAUUGAAUGAAUUGGAAACCAUUGCUUCUGCCCAUGCACUUGGACCUGCCGUACAAGUGAAAAUUGGAUUUGCCAUUGUAGCUGCUCUUUUCGACUACAGUUUGAAGGUUCAUGAGCUUCAAAAGGUUCAAUAUUGGAUUAAACUCAUUGAUAAGAUCAAUGAACUUUUGAAUCUUGCUAUUGCACACAAGGAUAUGAAGAUUGAUGAAAACGUACCAGAAGAUAGCGAGGAGAUGGAAAAAUCCCCUUAUCGAGUCAGAUCCUGUCUGAUGACUGUUUUCGAGAGAAUGGAUGAAGAAUUUUUGAAGGUCCUCAAGGAACUUGAUUCUCACUCUUUCGAAUACGUCGAACGAGUCCAAGAUGAACGACGAAUUUGUGAAAUGCUUGAGCGCCUCUUGACCUACAUUAUAAGCAAUCAUCUGGCUGAGGACAAAGGAAUCAUGUGCCGAGCAUAUUAUAAGAAAAUUGAACACAUGUAUUACAAGUUUGAUGUCCGUGUAUUAAAAAAGAAACGGGGAGAAUAUAAUGGUGAAACCAGUGUGGAUGAAAUGCAGAGAUUAGCUGGAUACAUAUAUGCCUUCGACACAACAGAUCGGCUUCGAACUCGAUCCAUCUUGUGUCACAUCUAUCAUCAUGCUCUGCACGAUAAUUGGUUUGAAGCUAGGGAUUUGAUUCUCAUGUCUCAUUUGCAAGAAGUAAUACAACAUUCUGAUCCCACAACUCAAAUUAUGUACAACCGAGCAAUGGUCCAAUUAGGCAUUUGCGCAUUUCGACAUGAAAGUGUGUUGGACUCACAUAAUUGUUUGGCUGAUUUGAUGAUGAGUGGUAGGGUGAAAGAAUUGCUAGCCCAAGGACUAAUGCCACAACAUCGGCAUGACCGCUCGCCAGAGCAAGAGAAAAUUGAGAGGAGUCGACAGGUUCCUUUCCACAUGCAACUUAGCUUGGAUGUCAUUGAAUGUGUUUACCUAGUGUCAGCAAUGUUGAUUGAAGUCCCAUACAUUGCUGAACACGAGUUUGAUGCCAAAAGACGUCCCAUCUCUAAAACGUUUUACCACCAACUGCGGACCUUGGAAAAACAAAGUUUGACUGGACCUGCUGAAUCCAUGCGAGAACAUGUUGUUGCAAGCGCUAGACACAUGAAAAAGGGAGACUGGAGGAAAUGUUACAACGCACUCGUAAAUGAGAAAAUGGACCGCAAAGUUUGGCAUUACUUUGCCAUUUAUGAAUACACAAAGGACGAGAAACAAUUCGGUGUGAAAGAAAUGCUUCGACGAAAGAUUCGAGAGGAAAGUCUUCGGACAUAUCUGUUUACAUAUUCUAAUGUAUACGAUUCGGUAUCCAUCCCACGUUUAGCCGAAAUGUAUGAAAUGGAGUUUCAACAAGUUCAUUCAGUUGUUGCAAAAAUGAUCAUCAACCAAGAACUUGCGGCAUCCAUGGACGAACCAACCAAGACAGUUGUGCUCCAUCGUACUGAGCCCACUCGGCUCCAGUGUAUGCUUCUCCAACUUUCUGACAAAGUCAACAUCUUGAGAGAAACAAGUGACCGUACUUUCGAAACCAAGCUUCAAGGAGGACCUGGAACUAUGGGGCCAGGGAGUAAAGGCCGUCAAUUUAACCGAAUGGAUUGGAAAAAUAGACGACCAAAUCAACCCCGUGGUGAUCAUCAUAACCGCGGAGAUAGAGAUCAUAAUCGAGGAGGAGAUCGCGACCACAAUCGAGGUGACCGUAAUCGGGGAGAUCGUGAACAUAAUAAUCGUGACCGUGAAAAUCAACGUGAAGUAGUUGCACAUUAGAAAAUACGAUUCAUCUUUUGCAGUGUUGCUAACUAGGCAAAACUGCACAUUAAUUAUUUUUUACGACUCUGUGUCAUCAAUAUUUGCAUUGCAGGUCUAAAUAUUUUCUAUCUUUACGUUUGUAAAUGGAAAGUUCUAAUUUACUAUUACCACCAAUGGUGCGUGCAAGUUGGAAAAAUAAAAUAAAUAGAUUAAACUUAUUUGCACUCAUCAAG